GGGCCGGGCCGGGCCGGGCGGGAGCAGCCGGCUGGGGCCCAUGGCAGCGCCGGCCUGACCCGUUGCCGCGUGUCGCCUCGCACCGCAAAGCGGCACCAUGCUCCCUAGUCAAGCCGGGGCCGCGGGGACCGGGAACGGCGCUGCCGCCCUGGCCCGGGGCUCCGUCAUGGGCAUGGCCCGCGCAUCGGCCGGCCGGCCGGGCCACGCUGGGCCCCCGCGCGGCGCCAACGGCGGCGGGGCGGGCAACCGGGGACCCGGUAGCGGUAACGGCGCCGCCCCGCCGGGCGGGCCCGGGCUGGUCGGUGGCCGCUUCGAGCGGGACCGGGACGCGGCGGGGCCGGGGCCGGGCUACAGCGGCAGUGAGGGCGACUCGGAGUCGGGGGAAGAGGAGGAUCUGGGCGGCGGGGAGCGGCGCGGCCUGAAGCGGGGCCUGGGGGACGUGGAGCUGGGGGUGGUGGUGGGCUCGGAGGCGGCGGCGGCGGCGGCCACGGGUUACGGCAGCGUGAGCGGGGCCGUGAGCGGGGCCAAGCCCGGCAAGAAGACGCGCGGCCGGGUCAAGAUCAAGAUGGAAUUCAUCGACAACAAGCUGCGGCGCUACACCACAUUCAGCAAGAGGAAGACGGGCAUCAUGAAGAAGGCUUAUGAACUCUCAACCCUGACAGGCACGCAAGUGUUGCUCCUGGUUGCAAGUGAGACAGGUCACGUGUACACAUUUGCCACUCGGAAGCUGCAGCCCAUGAUCACCAGUGAGACGGGGAAAGCCCUGAUCCAGACAUGCUUGAACUCGCCAGACUCGCCCCCACGCUCAGAUCCCACCACUGAUCAGCGCAUGAGUGCCACGGGUUUUGAGGAGACGGACCUCACUUACCAGGUGUCAGAGUCAGACAGCAGUGGGGAGACCAAGGAUGCACUGAAACCUGCAUUCACAGUUACCAACUUGCCUGGGACAACAUCAACCAUCCAGACUGCACCCACCACCUCCACCUCCAUGCAGGUCAGCAGUGGCCCCUCAUUCCCAAUCACCAACUACCUAGCACCAGUCUCUGCCAGUGUCAGCCCUAAUGCCGUCACCAGUGCCAAUGGGACAGUCCUGAAAACCACUGGAACCAGUGCAGUGACCUCCGGAGGGCUAAUGCAGAUACCCACCAGCUUCACCCUCAUGUCAGGUGGUGCUAUGGCUCAACAGGUUCCAGUCCAAGCCAUCCAGGUGCACCAGGCCCCACAGCAAACGUCUCCUUCCAGUGACAGCAGCACUGAUCUCACCCAGACCUCUUCCAGUGGAACAGUGACACUGCCAGCAACGAUCAUGACUUCGUCUGUGCCAACCACUGUGGGAGGCCACAUGAUGUACCCCAGCCCACACGCAGUGAUGUAUGCCCCCACGUCUGGUCUCACCGAUGGUGGGCUCGCAGUCCUCAAUGCUUUCUCCCAGGCACCAUCAGCAAUGCAGGUCUCUCAUGGCCAAGUCCAGGAGCAGGGUGGAGUCCCACAGGUGUUCCUGACAGCCCCAUCUGGCACAGUUCAGAUCCCAGUCCAACUUCAUCAGAUGGCUGUCAUUGGCCAGCAGACCAGCAGUGGCAGCAACCUGACGGAGCUGCAGGUGGUGAAUUUGGACACAUCACACAGCACCAAGAGUGACUGAGAGCCCUGUCGCGCCUGGCCCUGGAGCUGCAGCAGCUGCUGCCAGCCUCAGACUGUACUCAGCUGUGAUGCUUGUCAUCAGUUCUGAGACUGGCAGUGAUUCCCUUCCAUACAGACUGCAUCACUUAUUUAUUGUUGCCUUUUUCACAUUUCCUUUGCGCGCGCGCGCGCACACACACACACACACACACAGCCACACACACACAGCCACACACACACAGCCACACACACACACACAGCCACAGGAUCCAUAGGAAGCGGCUGAGUUGGGCUGUGCGGAGGUUGGUUGCAUUUGGACAUGUUUACUGUGCUUUUCUCACUCCAGCCAAAGAAACUCGUCUCCUGAGGGGAGCUUGCCCUGCGGUGUAAAUAAAUACCCGGUAUCUGUUAGCAGAUGGGAGCCCUGACUCCCUGCGGUAUGUUCAGGAAUCUCUAUGUUGUGUUUGCCAUGAGUAUUAGAGCCAGGAAGGACACGACUCAGUGACAGGUGGUUGGGGUGCAGUGGCAGCAACCGCUACCCAAGGGAACUCUUGGCUGUCAGCUGCCCUGUGGCUCUGCCAGGAAUGACCAGGCAUUGUCUCAGGGCAGGUGGGUCCAGGCUGUGCCGCUGGCCUCAGCAAUGUGCCUUGUCAGUCCAUGUGACACGUCUUGGCCACAGCAGCAGGCUUCCUCUGUGCUUUGAAGUUUGCAGUGGAGCAAAAGCAAGUGAGCUGCUUCCAGUGAGUGCUUAAAUGUGCAUCUUGCUUCCACAGCCAGGAGGAACAUGACUGUCAGCAGCAGCUUUUGCUGGAAGGGUGGUUGGGAUGAUAUUCUGCUCCUGCUCAGGUGGCAGCACAGGUGUUAGGCCCAGGGGCGCAGCCUACAUGACACAGAGCAGCCCCCCAGUUGUAGUUGAGUAUGGAAGUGUAUGAGGGUGGGCAGGGUGCACUGUCUCUUAACCUUGGACCUGGAACUGCCAUUCCUAGUACACACUAUAGCAAGCCUCUUGCACAUCAACUGCAAUGACAGUGGUCUUGUGCUAGUGGGUGUCCUCCAGGGGGGCUGUGACCCAGUGCACUGCACUUUCCUCCCAGGAGACUGGCCACAUUUGGUUUGCUUGGGGUUGAUGCUGGGAGGAACUGAGCUAGAAGCAGAGCGGCUUAAAAGUUUUCUGCUAUGAAGGUGUCUUAUUCUCUCUCCAAGGAAGUUGUUCUUAUGCCACCUAACAUUAGCCAGCUGUCUGGGAGCAAGGUAAUGUGAACUGGCCUUCGCUCUUCUCCAAAGGCCCUGCAGAUGGGCAUUCUUUGUGUUGUGGACAUCUCCUCAUCCUCCAUUAGCCAGGAAUGCAACUGUGUACUCAAGGAAUGGGCUGUCUGUUAGGCAGUGGGAACUCAGGUUGCAACUCAUGAGGGCUGUUCUUCCUGCAUGCUGAAUCAAGUGAGGUGUGUGCCCCUGACAUUGCUUGUCUUCUGAAGGGGGCAGUACAACAGCCUGAUUGCCUCCCUGCUGACAACAAUACGUGCUAUGGGGAGGUGGUUCUGCUACCCUUAGUGAGUUCUGAACUACUGCUCUUAACCUGAGGUGGAGAAAACAGCUUAAAUGUUAAAGGGAAAACCUUCAGGAGCAGCUGGACAGCAUUGCUGGGGCAGCAGGAGGGGCCUGUUGUAGAUUUCUAGGGCACCUGUCCACAGUUGUGAGACACCCUGGGCAGCAGAGGAACAUUUGUAUGUGCUUUGUUCAUACUGAUGGAGCAGGAGAGGGGAGGAUUUGCAAGGAGGACCUCUCCAUUCUGGCCAGGGAGAGGAAGAUAAAGUUACAGUGAAUGGCUUUGCGGCCCUGCUCCCUAGCAACAUCUUUGGAGAGAGAGGAGGCUGCAGACUCCUUAGGGAAAGAAGCAGCUACUGUAACUUUUUUUUUUUUUAAAUUAAAGACAAAAGAAGCCUUGAAAAAAAAUGACUUUAUUUUUCUAAGUGUUAAACUCAGUAUUUAUGUAAUUCUUAAAGGAAUAAAAGUCUGGCUCCUGUACAGUUUUCAUGGGGUUUGUACCACAGGGAGGGGGGAAAGGGACAGGAAGGGGCCUUGCUUUUUGAUUUGUAUUGUAACCUUUGACAUGUUCCCUUAAGCAUUAGCGUUUAAGCUGCUAUUCUUGCCCUGCCUGCCUGACAGGUGCUAGGAAUUAAAUUGGAGCCAGCCGGAGGCCAGCUCAGCUUUGCUGGAUGGUCCUACUUUCCUCACACCCAGCUGUUCCGUGUCACUUCUGCCAGGACUUCUGUUCCACAAUCUGACCAAGCAGCUGCCCUGGAUCAGCCCAUGUGAUUAGCAUGCAUAUUAAGCAGCAAACCAAAUUCUGGUUCUGAUGGAGCAAGCAGUGGCAUCUGAGCUCUGCUUCCACUUGGAUGGGUGGGCAAUGUCAAGGAGCAACAUAACAAGGGAAGGAGCACAGCUGAGAAGGGUCUGUCCCAUUGGACAAAUCUAGUAGAAACGUGGCUGAUGCAGGGUGCCUAGGUACCCUAGAAGACUGCAGUGGUCUUGGAUACCUAGUCAUUAUUUGGCCAGAACUGAAAGAGCUUUUAGUCAUCAGUACAUAAAGCCAAGAAAGGGAUAAUAGGACUGUACUGAGAUCUCCAUAAUACUGUCAUCAGCCUGGAAAAUAAGUGCUUCCGAAAGUGUGUUCCUGGGAGAGCUUCAGGAGGGAGUUUCAAAUAUACCUGUGAAGCCUUAAUUUUCCCUGAGUUGGUUGGGAGGUGAAUGCCCAGCCUUGAGGUUUUUGGUAAGGAAGAUGUUAAGAGUUUAUGUUGUGCAGCUCUUCUGUUCUCCACUGCCACUCUGUGCUGCAGGAGAUGAGCUCUGCCUCUCAGCAGAAGGCCCUUGGCAGUCUUGGUAGAUGGGUCUCUCACUUCAUUCCUUUUUUUCAGAAGAGAAACUGUUCAUGAUUUUGACUCCAAGCCUCUCCCUCACUAGUUUCAGCCCCAGCCUUCUCAUUGCAUUCUACUCUGGUGAUCUGAAUAGGGUUUUUCCCAGUCAAAGGCCUGGGCUUUCUGGGUACCUGCAUAAAGAGCUACUCUUCUCUCUCUUAUUUGCACUGAGAAGCUUCUUGGAAACUUUCAAGUUAAACUUUCAGAUCACCUGUCUGUGGAGAUCCUGCCUCCAGUCUGUAGCUGGAGCCAGUAAGGGGGCAGAAGCCAAGGAAGAACUAGUUUUCAAUAGAGUACAGGAAGGUAGUGAUACCAAGGCCUCCCUAGGAGAGAUGUCCAUGGAACAGACCCACUCUUCAAGGCAGUGGAUCUUCUUGCAGCUGGAGAGGAAAAGGGCAAGGGUUGUAUUUGGAGACUAUACCAGGUCAUAACCAUUGUACGCAUGUGGCUUUUCUUGGGUCAGUGCUGUGAAACUCAGCCCUUGGCAGUGUAUGGGAUUAGAUUAUUAAAAUUUACCUGCCACUUCAGGAAAUAAUCACCCCCAUGAUCUUAGCCCCCUUCCCACCCACCCUCUACAAAAGACAAAUGCAGGUUAAACGCUAAUGUUGCAUUUUAUUUAAAGUGCAAACUUGUAAGAACACUUGUGUAUCAGGGAUGAAAUGGCAUUUACUGUGUGGUGACAUUUUUAGUUCAUUUUAGAGAUUGUUUUUGAUUUUGUGUGUGUGUGUAUCUGAGCGUGUGCCUGUCGCAGAGGGUGCGGGGAGGGUUGUGUGUGUGUGUCUGUGUGUGUGCGUUUUUUUUUCUUUUUUUUUUUUUUAAGUUUCCAGGGUUGUGUUUCUGGAAGGAUGUGGAAGUAAUCACAGUACUAUGUACAGAGCCUUCUUUUGUAUUAAAAAAUACUUUCAAUAAAUGUAUCAUUUUGUGCACAGA